AUGGAAGCCUCUGGUGCAAUCACGAAGCGUUUCGAGAUUGAGUUUAACGCCCUGGAAGGCAGUUUAUCGAUGAUGAGCAAGGGUAAGAUGCUUCGCUACUCAGUCGCUCCUCACCCUCCUAAUCAGUGGAUGACAGUUCUUAAUGAUGUCCUUGAUUUCAAUCGGAUGGAUAGUGGCAAGUUCGAGUCCUCGUUUCGACCUUACCCUUUACAUCAAGUCAUGCGGUCUCUAUUUGUCCCUCUGCAACUCGCGGCGAAUGCGCGUCACCUGCAAUUCGAGACUAGUUUGGAUCCGCGAAUCGAUACGGUUGCACGGAGGGAAGCGUAUCGGGCCAUGGGCAGGAGCCAAGAAGAAAUCAAGCAGCUUCUGGAGGAAGAUACCGAGGCUGCCGGCAUGGUUGUUGGUGACGAGACUCGUUUACGGCAAAUUGUGACUAACUUAGCGAGUAAUGCUUGCAAGUUCACACCAGCUGGCGGGCGGCUCGGCAUCAAAACACGACUGAUAUUCCCUCCGCCCGAUGAACAUGCUGGAGACUCGGGCGACCGGUCUCCUAGUAAUCGACGAUCUACUGAAACCAACCGUUCGUCGAGUUUGGCGAGCCGUAUCGUCGUUCGCAUAGAGGUGUCUGAUACAGGCUGGGGUAUCAGAGCCAAGGAUAUGGCAGACGCUAGAUUAUUCUCUGCGUUCACUCAGACCGAGCAAGGUCGACAACAGGGCGGCAAAGGUACUGGACUAGGCCUUGCUCUAGUACGUCAGAUCGUUAAUCUCAGCGGCGGCCGGCUCGGUGUCAAGUCCAAGGUCGGCGAGGGAUCGACAUUCUGGGUCGAGCUGCCUCUUGGAGUGGGUGCGGAGACGCUCGAGUUGUCUUCCUUGCCUCCAGUCCCGAGUCUGACAGGCUGUGGGCGUCAGACUCACAGGGUUAGCAAGGUGUACGACUUUGUCGAAGAUGGCACAAAUUGCUUUCGGGAUUCGGCAAGCGUUCUGUCGGGCGGGGAAGGUGGAGGUCCGUCGGCAAGACGCUCCUUGCAUAGCAUAAUGGAUCAAGUAGGCCGUGUGGAGCUUAGUUUGAGCAGCUACAACCCAAGUUCUUUGCUCCACAAACCUAGUGAUCCAUCUCCGUCCUCCGAAGACGAUGCUGGCAGUGACGUUGAGCUUCCAAUUCCCGCUGCGAUCGAUGUCAGCAGAACAUCUUUCCAACAUUCACCGUCUGUACAAGACAUUUCACCCGAAGCAACUAAGAUCAUUCAAGAAGCUGCAUCAUUCAUACCCGACCCACCGUCUCUCACUCUUAUUCCUCCCACUCCCGAUCCUGCUAACAGCACUCCCCCUACGCCAACAUUUUCCGGGCUUUCGGUCCUCGUUGUCGAUGAUGAUUCAAUUACUCGCAUGUUAAUGAGGCGUAUGCUAUCGCGCAUAGGAUGCACAGUCGAAACCGCUGAAAACGGGGAAGCUGCUUUGGCGAUGAUCCUACGGUCUCAAUAUUCCGGGGAUGCCCCAGAGAACCCAGAGGACGAGACGUCGAACGGCCCCUACGAUGUUGUCUUCAUGGAUAAUCAAAUGCCUGUGAUGUCUGGGUUGACUGCCGUGGCUAAACUGCGAGCGUUGAGCAGGCAUGACUUCAUCGUUGGCGUCACUGGGAACGCACUUCUCACCGACCAACAUGAAUACCUGGAAGCCGGUGUAGACAAAGUCCUCACGAAACCCGUCCUUGAAAAAAGUCUCAAGGAGAUGCUCUCCCUGGCACUUGGCCGUUCGGAUACUUCUAGGCCCCAUGAAAAGCCGCCAUGA